AUUCAACGCGCGUUGAGUCCUUCAAUGCGGUUUUCGGACAAACAGGCUGUACGGGUUCUGCUGCACUGCGAGUCCGACUUGUUCUUGUUGCUCUGCAUCCUUUUUUUUGGGAUGAAUCUUAUGUUUGCUGCAACUUCAGGUCCAGAAGGUCUGGCUUCUGUGAACUGGGGAGGUAAUCUACUUGACUUCGAGUUCGGAGGAAAUCGGUUGCCUUUGGGGAACCUUUCGUCAUCAGUUGAGACAUUCAGCGACCUUCCAUUAUCGAGUGACGGAGAAGGUGCGAUCUACCCAGAAGUCGUUGCGGAUAGAGGUGGAUCGGUGGUGCUUGAGGAAGAACAUGGUGAUGUUCUAACAUUGAAGGCAGAGGGGACUGCUGGAAGCAGCUCUGAUACAAGAUGCGCCAAGUCAAGUUGUUCUCAAGAUUGUGAUCUGUCAUCAGAGCAUAUAGGGUCAAAUGGAAGGAUAGGUAAGGAGAUUGCCAUUCAGGAAGGUGAGAACCAUGGUAGUGUGUCUCAUGGACCAACCGCUCGAAGCACAUGUACAGUACUUGAAGAUGGUAGAACUGGUGGCUGUUUGCCAGAUGACAGGGAGGAGACAAUUGCUCAGGCUGUUUCCUCUGUGGUGGACCUAGCUGUUACGGAUGCAUGUGUUGAUGCUGGGGAAGGGGUGGAUGCGGCUUGGUUGCUAAAAGGGAGUUCAUCAAUGCAAAUCAGGAAGUCAGAUAGUUCGCGGGCCGAUGGAGCUGUGGAGGCGGGAGGUGGCCUUGUUGUGAACAACCACCCAGCUCAUCAUGGUGGUUUGUUUGCCCCAUCAAUGGAGAUUGAAACCAGAGUGGUUGAUGUCAAGUCUCAUGUUGGGGGUGGGCGGAAUGGGUCAUCCAUGCACGUUGUUGGGUUCUUUGGAAAGAAGAACAUGGAUGAUGGGGAGCGCUCGGCGAACAUGCAUCCACUAACAGGAUUGCCCCCUGUACGGAAUGGGGACAUGUUGUUUCAGGGGUGUAACACAGAUGAUGGUAACACAAAAGUUGCUGCUGGGAGAGGGAUUACUUCUGAUAUCGAUAGCUUAGCGGGGAGCUCAUUGGUGAGGGGGACUGUUCAUAAGCGUAAUGAUGCACGGUUAGGGGAUGAUGGGUAUACACUGAUUUGCAAUACCAGGGAGGAACCUCUGUGCAGUGGAGGUAGAGGGAUGAUAGGGAGAUGUGUUGACAGUAGUGUGGAGAUGAGAGAGGGAGGAACACUAGGCAGUUGUGUCAGCGGAAUGGGAGAAUCUCUUUCAGUGGUUGGAGACCUCCGACAGAGGGAUCGGUUCAUUAGAGGGGAUGGCGUCGACAGGAUCAUGAAUAGGACUGCCGCUGCAGUUUCCGGUGUAGGUUUAAGGGAUUCAGUGCAUGAAGGGAGGGUUGGCUAUACGAAAAAUCUAGUUCAGGAUGCAUGUGGCGGAGAGAGUGGCAGCCUGUUGCGGCACUCAAACUAUGGAGUACUGACCAAACCCAGUGGCUUGCACUCUCAGACCAUGCUAACUCACUCCGGGUUGAAGUAUCAUUCACUGAAUGCAAAUGGGGCAGUGAGUUAUGGUGGCACUGAACCAAACGAAGCAAUGGAUGCAGCAGAGACCGUACGAGAGAGAAGGGGUAUGGUCGAAGCAGGAUGGGGAGAUGACCUUACCUCUCCAUCAGGAACCACAUCACCUGCUCACUGUGUGACUGACGUUAGCAGGAGUGAAGAUCAACCUGGCGUGAGGUUUGUCAGUGGGUUAAAGAAAUCAGAGAGCCCAAGGAUAGCUACAUACGAGGAAGCCACGGUAGCGGAGGGGACUGCGCAGAUGGAAGAUGGUGCCGGGGUUGCUGAUAGAAGUCCAACGAGUGGUGCAGUCAUGGGGCAUGAAGGGUGUGCAUCCCGGGCCGAGAGUGGAAGAAAUGUAGGUGUUAGUCCAAAAGGAUCCAUUUCAACACCAAUCCGUGGAAGACAGUCAGUGGGCGACAGAAAUGUUGCUGGUGGGGCAGGGAGUGAGAGAUCACAGCGUGGGCUGGUGGGUGUCAGGACACAAGGGCAGGCGAGGCCUUGGAUGAAGGACAUGAAUGCUGCUGUAUCAGCAGCUGCAGAAAGGAAGAAGGCGGAGAAGGCUCAAUUGGCUGCAAAUGCCAGACGUGCACAUGAAGACGUUAUGCUGGAGCUUGCGGAAACAUACAAGGCAGCACAGAGUCACAACACAGACUGGGCAUUGAGGAAUGCAGCCCCAGAGCCAUGCCACAGGAAAGGACACUGGGACUUUGUGUUGGAGGAGAUGGCAUGGCUUGCCAAUGACUUCAUGCAGGAACGCAUGUGGAAACUAGCCAUGGCACGACAGUUUGCUCGGAGUGCCAGUGGGGAGAAAAAGAGAAGGGAUCUAAACCUUGAUGAGUGGGAAUUGGCUCAAAGGAACGUAGCUUCGUCCAUAGCGGCGAAAGUGAAGGAGUUUUGGAGGCAAAUGGAUAAUAUUGUGCGAAUGGAGAGUGGAGGAGAUGCCAGUUUGAGUGGCCUUGAAGAAGUCAGCAAGGAAGACCAAUUGAGGGAGAGUGAUGAGAUGGUGGGAGGUACAGAGCCUGAGUUUGCAACCACAGCGAUGGGAGAGAGUAAGAUUAUGAUAGGGUUGGCAGCGGAAGCUAGAGAGAGAAAGGGAGGUCUCGUAUGGAGAGACAGGGACGGUGUAAUACCAGCUGACAAGGAUGGGUCGAGAAGCAUAUCUAGGAGGAGGGGGCUGAGGGAUGGAUCUGGGCUGCCAGGCUCAAGAACACCUUCGCAAAAGGACAGGGAAAGGGAGGAGGACGGUGCGAUGGACAAGUCCAAAGCUGAUAGAGUGGAUCGUCUUAGGCAUGACAGUUCGGCGGAGCGACCCCUACCACGCGGAGAUACAAAUGACUGGAGGGUGGAGGAGCGUUCACCCUCGGCAAAGGGGCUCCGGAGUAGUAGAGGUGGGAACACCACUGGCGAGUCAUGUGAGAGAGACCGAAGAUGGAAGGGGAUAGCAUUCCGCACGUCAUCAAACCUCAAGCUGAACAGGAAGCGUUCUGUGGAGGCUUAUGCAGUGCGGAUGCUGAUGUUGCUUCGGAAGGAGAGGAAAGCAGCAGACUCACGGGCUGAGAACUUUGCGCGUGAGCUGGUAGGCGCCGUUGGAGUCGAGGUGGGUCACUGCCUCGACAAGACUGAGCGGUUCUGCGCUGGCGCCAUUGAAGGCGUCAAGGCGGCAGCUCCCAAGGAGGAGGAAGCACGUCCUCCUCGCCGGGAGCCUGUCAAAGUCAAGUUCCCCGAUUCCUAUAGCGGGAGGAGGGAAGAAAACUUUGAUAAUUGGGAGGCCAACGUUAAGACCUAUGUGCAUUUGCAGCAGGUCUCCCUAGAUCAGCARGUCCUAAUUGCUAUCCACGCGCUGAAAGAAGAGGCUGCCAGUUUUGCAAGGUCCCUAGUUCGCGCAGCCAACUGUACUGAUGAUCCCGUUGCGUACUCCUCAUUUACAUCCCUCACCGAAUUUCUGAAGUUGCUGCGCKAGCGAUUUGCUGAUGUCGCUCGCAGUGUCAGGGCCUCAGACAAGCUCCAAACCAUCCAUUCCCGUAAAUGGAAGAGUGCCAGGGCACUCAAGGGUACAAUGGAUGAGUUGGUAGCUGUCCCUGACCAUGGGGUCACAGAGGGCCAGUUGGUCAACCUCUUUUACCGGGCUAUGCCCGAAGCCUUUCGAGGGCAGUUCUUCGCGAAGAGCGAAGACCCUGCCACCACUUACGAUUCCCUUAGUCGUGAGGUGGUGGCUUUUGAAGCAAAGUCAGUGUCCCUGUCUACCUUCUGGCACAAUGACUUGGACAGGGGUAAGCAAUGGAAAGGCCGCACUAUCUCAGGGCAGGUAAAGACCAAGGAUAGCCUUGUCCUGACUUUAGAUGAGGGUAUUGUGGAUGAGAUUCCCUACGACCAGAUUGAGUGGGGAUUAGAGGAGGCGGACAGCGGUGUGGGCCAAGAGAGAUCUUACGCUGUUGAGACUCCCACACCACAUGUGCCUAUGGCAGAGGUUGCAGGCUGGUGUCUAAAUAGCUGUCCAGAGACUGCUUGUGUCAGGGUCUCUUUAGACRCCUCCCUCACAGGCGUGGCCGAAGAGUUGAAGGAGAGGAUGCCCGCCUGGGCCAAGAUGAAGAAGGAGAACAAAGGGCAGCUUAUAUUACUAGAUACAGAGAUUUUUAGAAGUAGAGUAGGGGCCCUAGUAGACUCAGGGGCCACUCGCAGCUAUAUUAGUAGGAAAGCGCUGCAGAAGUUGAGGCUGGGACUUAAAGUCCAGAGACUGACAGACCCCAUAGUUAGUAUUCUCGCGGACAAUCGUACUAUGGUCGUAGAGGAGUAUGUAGAGGGAGUCCAGGCGUAUUUCCGCCUAGAGAAGGAUGGGAAAGUGGAGAAGGUCCUCCACUCCCUGACUCUCCUBGUAGAAGACAGCCUCCCAUUCGACAUUGUUCUGGGAAUGGAUUGGGGAGAGGCAGCCGGGGCCACGCUCCAUUUGAAGGAGCACGAGUGUAGGCUCCCUAGUUCGUCAGGCGAGGCCAAGACUACCCGCCUGUUUCAUGCGUCAGGGGUAGAGAAUUCCUUGGCGCACUGCUGUCUUAGUGCCCCCGCGUUCGCCAGAMUGGYGAAGAAGGAGGGAUUGGAGGAACAGGUCUUUGUUGCCUAUGUUAGGCCAGUGACUGAGCCUAUAGAGGAGAAGCCCGUAGACCCUACUAUUGCCAAAUUGUUGGAAGAGUUUAAGGAUUUAACCAAGCCGCCGACAGGCACGAUGCCGCGGCCCAUCCAGCACCGUAUUGAGAUAGAGCCUGGUAGUAGAACACCUAAGGGAGCUGUAUAUAGGAUGUCCCCGCAGGAGUUAGAGGAGCUACGGAAGCAAUUGGACGAGCUCCUCGAAAAGGGUUGGAUUAGGCCCAGUUCGUCUCCUUUUGGAGCCCCUGUUCUCUUUGUCCCUAAGAAAGAGGGAGAGUUGAGGAUGUGUAUAGACUAUAGGGGUCUGAAUGCUAUUACAGUAAAGAAUGCUGAGCCACUGCCUAGGAUAGACGAUCUUUUGGAUCGAGUGCAGGGGGCCAAGUACUUCUCUAAGAUAGACUUAAAGUCCGGAUACCAUCAGRUAGAGGUACAUCCUGAUGAUCAGUAUAAGACAGCCUUCCGGACUCGGUACGGGCACUAUGAGUUUGUAGUGAUGCCCUUUGGACUAACCAAUGCGCCAGCUACCUUCCAGCGUUGUAUGAAUGAUUUGUUUAGGCCAUGGUUAGAUAGAUUCGUUGUAGUUUACCUAGAUGACAUUCUAGUAUUUAGUAAGACCCUCGACGAGCAUCAGGGUCAUCUCAGGCAGGUCUUGGAGAAGCUGAGAGAAGCUAACUUCAAGAUCAAUGCGAAGAAGUGCGAUUGGGCGAAGACCCAAAUUUUGUAUCUAGGCCACGUCUUAGACGGAGACGGCGUUAAGCCAGAAGAUAGCAAGAUCGCAGCGAUUAGAGAUUGGCCCACGCCACGCACGCUGACAGAGUUGCGCUCGUUCCUGGGCUUAGCAAAUUACUACAGGAAGUUCGUGAGGAACUUCUCCACCAUCGCUGCGCCCCUUCGCAGAUUGCUAAGAAAAGAAACAAUCUGGAAGUGGGACAAGGACUGCAUGUCUGCCAUGAAGAAGCUAAAGCAGGCAUUGAUAGAGUAUCCGGUCCUUAAGGUCGCCAAUCCGUCCUUGCCUUUUGUCGUUACUACGGAUGCUAGCCAGUACGGCAUAGGCGCAGUGUUACAGCAAGACGAUGGCAAUGGGUAUAGACCCGUAGAGUUCAUGUCCGCUAGAAUGCCUUCGGAGAAGGUCGCGACAUCUACCUACGAGAGGGAACUCUACGCUCUCAGGCAAGCCUUAGACCACUGGGAGCACUACUUGCUUGGGAGGCACUUCAAAGUCUAUUCUGACCAUGAAACGUUACGAUGGUUAAAGACGCAGGCCAAGAUGACACCUAAGCUUACUAGGUGGGCCGCAGAGAUAGAUCAGUACGACUUUGAGCUCAAGCCUGUCAAAGGGAAGUACAACGUAGUCGCGGAUGCUCUGAGUAGAAGAGCUGAUUACUUUGGGGCAAUAGUACAUUACCUCGAUAUAGGAAAGGAUCUGCAGCAGCAGGUUAGAGAAGCCUACGCGCAGGACCCUAUCUAUGGUGAGCUCCUUAAGAAAGUCAAGGAGGCCCUAGAGACCGAGCCGAACUACCGCACUAUUGAAGGGUUGCUUUUUGAGAAGACUAAUGUUUUUGACCGDUUGUGCAUCCCCAAUAGCGAAAAGAUCCGCAGUCUGAUCCUGGGAGAAUGCCAUGACACGGAAGGUCAUUUUGGUUGGCAAAAGACCUUAGCCAAUCUGAUGCGCGCGUAUACCUGGCCAGGAAUGAAGAAUGACUGCGUAGAGUAUGUUCGCAGUUGUAAGGAACCGUUGGUAUACUGUCCACCGCCUGGUGCCAUGGAAUCGUAUCGCAAUGCAGUGGAGGGUGAGCAGGCAGAGCUGGAUUCGCUGCGUGAGAAGAAGAUUCGGGAACAGCUAACAGUCCUGGAGGUGCAGGCGAUUGCAGAUGAAGGCAUGGCUCAUGUAGGAGAUGCCAUGGGGAUUGGGCAGGGGAGCUUUGGAGAAGGGCUUGGAGCGGCAGGAAGGAGUUCUCAGUCAACGAUGCCAAUGUGCGCAGGUGUUCCUGGCUGUGGCACCACUCUCAGCGCUGAUGAGCAGGAGUCUCAGUACCUCUACCAGCCAAGGCCCGGAGGAAUGAGUAUGCCGGGAAUGCCUGGUAUGGUCAUGUUUUCGAAGAAGAAGAGGAAGAAGAGUAGGAAAGGACAGGUCCCUAGAUUACCAGAGGGUCUUGCUCCUGCAGUCUCACCUCCAAGGCCAUUGCCACCACGCACAUCCUUGGUAAACGUUAGCACCAAAACUCCGGCGUUGGGAGGACUGACUCCUCCUGUCUCCUCCUCGGCAACUGGGAAGAGGUCACACAUGAGUUUGUCCAGCGGUCUUGGUGGUACGAUGGUUCUUCCGAAACGGAUGAGGAGUGCCAGGGGUCCUGUCAUUGGAUCAAUGGAGAGGCAGAAUGGAAGUGCUGUACCCCCAUCUCCUGUUGGUACACUUGGCGGAGUGGCAUCUGGGGGGCAUGGGUCGUUGCCUGGUGGAGCUGGGAUGUUGAGCACAUCAGAUCUGUCAACUGGAAGUGAGAGGGGACCAGUUGUGUUUGGGGGGUCGUCGUCUGAGGUUAAGAGUGAGGGGGGAGUAAAUCUUGAUGCUUGUGGUGGAGGUGGCAGCAGCGGUUGUGCAGCUCCAUCCACUCCUGGUAUUGGAAUAAGACGAGACGUCAUCAGCGGGAUAGGAACCAGCACUGCUGUCAGUACUGCUCCAACUACGGCUGCGAAUUCGGCGGUGCAGACCAGUGCAUCCUUGGGCGGUGGGGAGGGGAAUACGGGCAUAAUUUGGGGAAGAGACAAGGGGACAAAGAAGAAGAAGCAGAGGAUUUCUGUCACACCAGAGAGGGAGUGGCCAGCUUCCGUGGAUGGACCUGGUGUACCAAGUUUGGCAGGGGCUGGGAAGAAGUCUAUCAAGGCCAGGUCCCCUGUGCAGCCGACUUGGCCACCGCCACCGGUCAUUCAGUCGCCGGAGGAUGAAGUACAGACCUGGGGAAAACCGCAAACCGUCACCGUUGCCAGCAGUGGGGUGUUGUCGCAUCCUCCGCCACCCGAGUUGAAGGUGAAGACGGAGCAAUUUCUGGAAGAUGCGUCAGCUGUCAAUCCAGAGUCUUCGGCAGGCGCGGGUGCAAGUGUACCAGGUGCCACUGAGACACAGAGUGGUGCUGGCAUUCCUGGACGCAAGGGGAAGAAGGGGAGCACGGCUGGCGAGGCUGCCGCCGACCCACCGGGAGGUUUGGCAGCAGGUGGAGGAUGUGUGGCGGCCGCUUCGCAAACAACUGUCAGCACGUCAGCUGCCACAGCAGGGGGAACCAUCUUGCAGACUGAUCUUCCCGGGCAGAAGGCCUUGAAGCCUGUGACGAGCCGAAACCUGGGCCGCAAGAACAAACCAAAAGCUCUUACGAGUCCGGGUCUUCCAGGGCCAGGAGUUGCAGGAGCAGCCACAGGAGCUCACACUGGAGUUCCAUGGUCUCACCGCGAGGAAAUGGCCCUUUGCGCCUUGGUUCAAGAUUUUGAAUCAAAUUGGGACUUGUGCAGUGAUGUUCUAAGUUCAAGCUCUCACUUGAAGGGUGUGUUCAGAAAGCCUGAGGACUGCAGGGAGCGAUACCGGCUGUUAACCGAGAAGGUAAAGGAAGAAGGGCAAGAUGCUGCUGACGAUGGGCAAGGAUCAUUUUCUUCGGGAAUUUCUGCGGGGAAGCUGCGGGGAAAGGAUCUACUUGAGCAGAUUCUUCCCCUUGAGGAAGAGGUGUUGUGGAAGCAUCUGGAGAAGAUUGUUCACUGCGUGGAAAAGCAGCAGCGGCGCAGGCAACAGGAGAACCCAGAGUUGAGGCGUGUGGCAACAACAGUUCAUGCCUCACAUGCCAAGGCCAUUGCAGAAGCCUCAGCAGCCAAUGGCUCGACACCCAAUCCCUUAGAGCUAGCUGUUCCCAUGAUGGCUGUUGGGGAGCCGGCACAUGCGUUUUCCUCUCCGUUGGGUGGCAUUCUCCCAUCGGGCAUGGGUAUGCUUCACGGUGCUUCUCCAGGAGCAACCACUUUAGAGCAUCCAGGUAUCGCCGGCCAAUCCGUUUCCGGCAUGCCAUUGAGUGCGCAGAGAGCACAGGGAGCGUACAUCUCCGGCAGCCCAGCAACGUACUCUGCUGUCAUCGGAAGGGACCGACAACAAGUGGGCGUGCGGCCAGAGGUGCGGUCGCCAACUGCUGAGGAGCAGCAACAGCAGCAGCAGCGACUCAGAUUGAUGCGGGCAGCACUGGCUGCAAAAGCUCACCAUGGUGGAAAAGGUAGCAUGGGUCUAAUGAGUGCUGGGUUGGGUGUGGUAGCACCAAGCCUGCAGGGCCCAAUGGGUUUACCCACUGCAAACACUGACUUGACGUCAGUGUCAGCAUCUGGUUUAUCAACAGGAGUUGGCAAUGCAGGCCUUCUACCGGGAAUGAGUCGUCUUGCUAUGGGCAUGCACACUCGCCAAGCAAUGGUGGGUGCUGCUGGUUCAGUGACUGUUGGGUCCUUGGGACCGGCAGGUGGGAUUAUCGGACAGGCCUCUCCUGGGGGAGUGAUGGGGGUUGUUGGGGCCGGUGUAGCAGGCACAGUGGGUGGGCUUCCUGCUGGUGCAAGCCCUUCAGUGGGUGCCGUCAGCAAUGCAUCCAUCAUGAGGAGACGAGCUAAUGAUGUUGUCCAGAUUGCCAACCCUCGCUGGUCGGAACAGCAGAAGCAGCAGCUGAUGCUUCAGGCACUGGGCUCGGCAUUGUCUCCUUCGGGUGGGGCUGCAGUGCAAAUGAAUCCGCAUCUGUUGGCUGUUAGGUUGGCGAAACAACAGCAGCAGCAGCAGCAGCAGCAGCAGAAACAGUCCAAAUCUGGAAGUGUCCAGCAGCUUGUGCAAGUGCAGCAGCAUUCUGCAGUUCCAGGGCAGUUGAUCGCCAGCCAAGUGGGGCAGCAUAUGGUACAGCAUGCCUCAGCAGCAGCACAAGUGUCAAAACAACAGCAGCAACAGCAGCAGCAGCAGCAACAACAGCUCCAGGCAGGCCAGCAGGCAGGUCAUACAACAUCACAGCUGCAGCAGCAGCAGCAGCAGCAACAACCGCAGCGGGUGGUGAAAGGGAUAUCAGCUCGGGCAAGUAUGAUGAUUCAGCAGCAGCAGCAGCAGCAGCAACAGCAACCAGUACACCAAGUUGGGCAGGUCGCAAUCGGCACUCAGGUAGCCUUGGCAGCGCAGCUGACGAGUCCGCAGUCAGUGAAUGCAGCAGUGCUACAUUCGCAAAGGCUAGCUCAACAGCAGGCUCAGAGUCAACUCCUUCCGGGGCAGAUUCAAGGAGGACAGAUGCAGAUGCAGGGCCAGAUGGCACAGGUUCAAAUGGGCCAGCUGCAUGGACAUUUACAGGGACAGGUGCUUGGACCUGGGCAAAAAGGCCUCGUAGUGGGUGGCAUGGCGCAGGCCUUAUCACCUUUGUCAAACUCCUCGGCCUCUUCUGUUCAGAUAACAGGCCCCUUGCCUGGGCAGGUGCAGCAUAGCCUUCAGCAGCAGCAGCAGCCACAGCAGCAGCAGCAGCAGCAGCAGCAGCAGCAACAACAGCAGCACUUCCAGUCACAGCUCGCAGCGCAUCAACAACAGCAACAGCAGCAGCAACAGCAACAGCAGCAACAGCAACAGCAGCAGCAUCAAGCACAGAAGCAGCUUCAGAAGCGGCAAUUACAGCAGCAGAGACGAAUGCAGCAGCAGCGCCAGCAGCUUCUAGGACAGACGAUGGCCAAGGUGCCUGGAUCGCAAACCCAAUCACAGAUGCUUGCGGGAGCCAUGCAGCUGCAGUCAGGCAUGUCAACAGGGGCAUCGGCAGGGGGUGGUUAUCAGAUGGGAUCACCAGCAGGCAUUGGUGUUGCUUCCGGGCUCGUUGCUUCCGGAGGGGGUAGUGCUCUGGGGCUCUCUAUGGUUCCAACGAUGGGAAUGAAUGUUGGGGUCAGUUUGGCCAACACACAGUCGAUAACGCAGGCAAACCCGUGGAAACACGCUCAAGGUUUGGCAUCAGUGAGUGGUUCUGCAAUGUUCAAUCUCUCUCGCGGUGCUCCGAUGGCAGUUACGACCCCAGCUCAGAUGGUGACAAGAACAGCGGGUCCAAUGGCUGUUGCAGGGAUUGGUGGGUUCACCAAUUCUGGGACAUUGAACACAGCAAAUGGAAGUUCAGGAAUGGGGUUAUCGAUGGGCGUGACAAUGGGAACGUCAUUAGGAAUGUCAUCACCUACAACACUUGGCAGUGGAGGCCAGGGUCUGAGUUCGAUUGCAGUGCAAGCAACUUUGCAACACCAAGCUCAGCAGCAGCAACAGCAGCAGCAGCAACUGCAGCAGCAGCAGCACCAACUGCAACAGCAGCAGCAACUGCAACAGCAGCAACUGCAGCAGCAGCAGCAACAACAACAACAGCAGCUCCAGCAGCAGCAGCAGCAACAACAACAACAACAACAACAACAACAACAACAAUCGCAGCAGCAGCAGCAUCAACAGCUUCUGCAGCAGCAACUCCAGCAGCAGCCACAAUUACAACAACAACAGCAGCAGCAGCAGCAACAACAAUUGCAGCAACACCAGCAGCAACAAUUGCAGCAACACCAGCAGCAGUUGCAGCAGUUGCAGCAAUUGCAACAGCAACAGCAGCAGCAGCAGCAGCAGCAGCAGCAGCAGCAGGGAGCACCAGGGUUGGUAGCGAAUGGUCCAGGUGUGCAGAAGCUUGGGAUCACGCAGUCCCAAUCGGCAAAGGCCCAAGGCGCACAAAUUGCCAAUUCAAGGAUUACCUUGACGUCAGCUCAAUCAUGUGCUCAGCGAGGCCAGCCAGGUCUGGUGGGUACCAUUUCUGUGACAGCGCCACCUGUGUCCACUUGUGCUGGAGUGGGUUCCAACAGUGGACCUAAUGGCGUGGCAGGAGUUUGCUCUGGAAUCGGCAACGGCUUGGGUGGAGCGCAGGGGCAGGCAAGGUUGUCUUCCUCUAGAGGUGUUUCAACUGUUCCCGUGACAGGCAGCGGGGCUUCCAUCAGUGUUGAUGGCGGUACGGUGCCGUCGCCUGCAGGUGGCUUGUCAAUGCCGGGCUCAUCACUGCCAUCGACAACAAGCAUGCUGAUGUAUAACUUGGAACAGCAGGUACAGACUCAGGUUCCAAGUCAAGGUCAGUCACAAUGCCAGACGCAGUCACAAAGCCAGAUGCAGCCCCAGGCUCACACAGGGCCGGCUGCGGUUGCUGCAGCUGCCGCGCGAGCUGGAGCUGGUAGCAUCCAAAUGUCUCCCAAGCCUUCAUCAAGUGACAGUAAUUUAGCUAACCAGGGAUCAUCAUAGUACCUUACCCGGCAGGGAUGGUACCAUCAGUGGCACCAUUUGCAUGUUCUGUGGAUGCACGGAGACAACAGGCGAUCGAUGGACCCCGAUGUGCCUUAAGCAUGUGAGUGAACACAGUCGUAUCAAUGGCACCCGGUACCGUUGAUGGAACCGUGAGCAUGUCCUGUGGAUGCAGUGAGACAGGCAAUCGAUCGAUCAACUUCAAUGUGGCUUAAGCAUGCGAGUGUUGAAGUGGGUGACCGGUGGAGGUUUUGAUGUGUGAACAUCUCAGUGGAAGGUAUUUGCGCUGCGCUUCCGUUUGGUGUAUACGACGUAUUCCACCUGGUUGUCUAGAGUGUCAGUGCCGCUGGUUGUAUGACGGAGUGUACUGUUUUUGUCUUCGUAUGAGCCAAUGAGGUUUUAUGAACUUUUAUCGAUGUUAAUGUGCACUCGCUCAUGAAGCCAGGCCUUGCCAGGCUGCGUCGAUGAACGUUGCCAGGCAUUCACCGGCCUGGUUUAGGCUGCCGUGUCCUUGUUGCAUUCGAAACAUGCUAGCCUGCUUCCAGUGCCUCCACCCAUCGACACAACGACCGCCUUGACGUGAAGCUUGUAUUUUUGGAAAGGCAUGUGUUCAAAGCUCAAACCUGUUCCAUGUUGUGUGUCUGGUAUCACAGUCGACGGCAGAGUAUUACGCCGCCCAUAACAAGUCCGGCCUUCUCAGCGACACUGUAGCGCAUGUCUGUAAUUAUGGAGAGUAGCCACAGAGGCUUUUUAUAGCAAGACAAGGUUCCAAUUUUAGGCUGAGACAAGAAAGUUUAUGGACUAAGAAGGCGAAGCGACCGAGAAAGUUCAUCCUCUGUUGCCAUGGUCGCUGCUGUUUGGGGAGACAAUCCAGCGCUACAAAGGAUUGCAGCCACUCAGGCAGCAAUCACAGGUGCCUGGUUUAUAGCGGCAUAGCGAAGAUCCUAUACAUCUUCCUUUGGUGGGAAUAGCGCCGGAGCCUUUUUUAUUAGCUAAGAGUGCUUGUCCAGGCAUGGCAAUUUUUUUCCAUGGGAUGAGUGCAGCCCCAUCCUGUUUAGUUGUUCCUCCAAUCUCUGUUAUUUGUUUGGCAUGUAGAACUAGUUGAAGGAGCAUGUGAAAAGCGAAGUCAUGGGCGGGGAUUCUCUUUGCUUGGUGAAACAGCAAAGCAGCUCCAGCCAUUCACAAUUUGUCUCUGCGUGUGUUGCUUGGGUCCAGAUAUCCCGAGCAAAAGUUUUGGUGGGAGAAGAUCAUCAGAAAGUGGCCAGCUGCAGCUUUGGACACAGGGAGGGAGGGGGGGGGGGGUUGAGCGAGAGGGAGAGUGUUUCUAAUUUGAUGCCCCACUUGUAGCUGGACUUUGUGAUACAAGAGGGGAGGCUAUCACUACCUGUGCGUUGCGAUGCAGAUGUUUAACGGCUGCGAUUAGGGGAAAGAAGCAUGGCUUUCCCCUCAUCACUGGCACAAUUGUCGAGAAGGAUUGUUAGCGCAUGUAUAUGUCUUGGGAAACGAUGCUCUACUUAUGCCGUCAGAGAGUAAUAGGUUGCGACACUUACCCCAUAACCCAUAACUUUUGGCAGAGGUGGAGGUCCUGCAGGACUGUGUAAUGUGAAGCGGCUCAAGCCACAACUUUUGGACUCCGGCCAACUUCAUUGUGAGAUCUGAGUUUCAGCGCACUAUCAGGUGGGGCUCAUCUGGCAGAGUAGCUACUCCAAGGAGCCAUUGCUGCUUGAAGGAAGAGCCGUGGUGACAUCAAGGAAGGGACCUGUUGUACCAGUUCCACUGUGGUACCAGUUUCACUGUCGUAUGGGCCUCUGUGGUACCGAGUUCGAACUAUGGCUUCACCAGUGGACGUAGUCUUUUAGCACAUUGUCUGACGGAGCCACUGUGGUCGUACAGAAGUGCGCACGUGCACACAUGCCCACAUGCCCACAUUCUAAUAUUGAAAACACGCG